CUCCAUACCGUACCUGCAAAGAAUCUUAUAUAGUACUGUACAGUACCGUACCACGUGAAGAUCAGCCCCGGCAAUCUAGACCGAUGGCUGUCCCAAUGGAGCAUGUGCUCGCCCUGCCCGAGCUUCUAGAGCACAUCCUCUUCUCCCUUGAUGAACGAACCCUCUUGACCUCCGCCCAACGCGUGUGCACCCACUGGCGAGGCAUGAUCCAGCAAUCCCCGGUACUGCAGGAGAAGCUAUUUUUCAAGCCCGGCCGCCGCACAGCGAGCGAUGCUCCGGAGAGUACUACGAGUGAUAGCGCACCAGCCCAGCAGCCGACUCUCAAUCCACUUCUGAUCGCCGCAUUCCCCGCGAUUUUCCGGACCAAUUACCUCCUUCCAUGCCAGAGACCCUUCAGGUUCAGCCUCCGCGGCAUCGAACUCAUCACCAAUCCCGCGAAACGAACGGCGUACCUGCGUCCGAACGCGAGCUGGCGCUCCAUGUUCCUCCAGCAGCCGCCGGCGUACUCGUUUGGCGUCUUCCAGGAAUGUUCCGAGAAUCCAGUCACGUGCGAAAUAAUGAAAUCGGAGGGGGGGUUGCGCAUGGAAACACUGUUUGAACUGCUCUUCUUCCACGAGGAUCUUACAUUGUGCAACUACCCUAACUGGAUUGUAUGGUGGGGCCAGUCCGCGAGCGUGGCGUUCGAGAAGGUGCUCGAAUCCUCUUCGGCAGAGAGUGUCGAUGAGCCCGAUUUGCUGGUGUGUGCGAUCGUCAACAGCGUGGGGCCAGGCGACCCCAUCGAGGAGAAUGAGGACCAGGAUGUGGUGAAUGCGGUUCAGGAUAAGUACCGGGAGCUGGGGCUGGAGCCCAAAGCUUUGGAGCCGGAGUGGGUGGUGGAGAAGACUGUGUUCAAGGAGAUAUGGGGUCCUUGAUUGAUUGUUUGUUAUAUGUGAACCUUGAGGGUUUCGAGUGGACGACUCUCUUGGGGGUGGGGG